AUGAAAAUAAUUGCCUUUUUAUUUGCUAUUAUUUUACUUGCAUAAGUAAAUGCUAACAGUCAAACUGUAUAAUGUUAAAUGGAUCUUAUGGGCUCAGCUAAUAGAGGAGAAGUUUGCGCAUAAGGAGAUACUGACUGUAUAGCUGAUCUUAAAUCUUUAGGAAAAUGUACAAACACAUGCGCUGUCAAUAAUAAUUAAGAUUAGCAAAAGACUACUUCUUGUGUAUAAUAAAAUUGCCCUGUUCAAAAUCCAACAGUUCAAAAAUUUAAGAAUGAAUUUAUUGGUUGCUUGAAAAAUUCAAGUAGUUCAAGUACUUUAGCAUUGUCUGGUUUCUUAAUUGGUUUAUUCGCUAUGUUAAUUUGA